UCCCGGCCAGCCCCCCGCCGGGACCCGCACCGCCCGUGCCCGCCGCUCCUGCCCCGCGGGGCUCGGGCGGCCGGGAACCUGCCAAGGGUCGUUCCCCGCUCUCCCGUGCCGAGCCGAGCCGUGCCCGCCUCCCCCACUUCCUGCUGCAGAGCCGGUCCUGCCGCUCACCUGGGAGAGGCAGGAAGGGCGUCGGGAAAGGAGGGAGCGGAGCCGGGCUGAGGAAGGAGAGGCAGCCCCCCCAGCCCCUGCCUGGCCUCAGCCUCCCAGCAGUUUGGAGAAUCCCAGGCUUGCAGCAAGGCAGCUGACUCUCGUUUCCAGUGCGACUCCAGAACUUGGAGAUGGCCUCCAUCUCAGGCAGUUUUGAGGGCCGAAGCAUACCAGUCGAGGUGGAUGAAUCCAUGCCGUGGUCCCCAUUUCCUGAGCAUGUCUUGGAAAAGGCCUCACAGCCUUCUGGAGAGGAUAGAGAGGAUGAGGAGUCCCAGAGACCGCAUAUCACUCGAAUGUCUCAGCCUGUGGACAAUGCAUCAUGCCUCUGCAGAGCACCAGCAGGUCAUCAGCCAGCCCUGUCUAUGGAGCCAGGCAGCAGCUUGUGGGCAAAAUACACCAGUCCUGAUGGCCAUGGACACUUCUGUUCCCCUGGUGAAUCAAUGACUGGAGCACUUCCCUCCGAGGUGCAUCUUGUAGCUGUGGACAAACCAGGCAUGCAGCCAAGAUCACAGCUUUCAGCUGACACUGGGCACAACUCCAGGAAACCAGAGCAGAGCUUGUCUAACACUCCCAAGGACUCCCUGGAGGAGAGCAGCCAAGGGAGUUCACAGUCAAUGCUACCCUUAGAAAACAGACCCCCAGCAGAGCUGAGGACUGUGGACACCACAGGCUCCAGCUCCCAGUCACAAGACGUCAUGGGCAUCAGGCACCUGGAGCCCCCCUUACCUCUGGUGUCAGUGCUGAACCCCCAGGACCUGCCAGGACCGCUGAUUUCCCGGGAGUUUUUGGGACCUGAGCGUCAGCAGUGCCCCAUGUGCCAGCACUUGUGCCACCCCAACACCUCCUCGCCAGCCCACGGCUGCUUUGGGCACUGCUGCCCUGCAGAGCAGCUCCCCCAGGGCCCAUAUGGCAGAGCCCCGGGCCAGCCCUGCGCACACACCCCGCAGCCCCUUCCUCCUGUGCCUGCACCUUGCAAGAGAGUGAUCCUCCCAGCCCAGCACCUCAUCCCCAACUACUCAAACCUGCGUGCUCCCAAGGGCGCUGGAGACCGACCUCCCCAGAGGACAUGCUCCUCCCCUGCUCCUCGGUUCCUAAACCAGCUGUACAACCAGCUCCCUAACGGGCAGCUGCCCCCCAAGGCAUGUGGCCCAGAGGAAGGUUGCUGCUGCCCUUCUGACAAUUUUCCAUCUCCAGCUGCUGUCCCCAGACCUCCCAGCAGCCCUGCAGCCAGGGGCACGCUGAGAACCAGCAAUCUGCCUGAGGAGUUGAGGAAGGUCUUUAUAACCUAUUCGGUUGACACAGCAGUGGAGGUUAUGAAAUUUGUGAACUUCCUGCUAGUAAAUGGAUUUCAGACUGCUAUUGAUAUAUUUGAGGACACGGUGCGAGGCAUCGACAUCAUUAAGUGGAUGGAGCGCUACCUGGGUGAUAAGACAGUGAUGAUAAUCAUAGCAAUCAGUCCAAAAUACAAACAGGAUGUGGAAGGGGCUGAGUCCCAGCUGGACAGGGAUGAACACGGCUUACAUACUAAAUACAUCCACAGGAUGAUGCAGAUCGAGUUUAUACAACAAGGAAGCAUGAACUUCAGAUUUAUCCCUGUGCUUUUCCCAAAUGCCAAAAAGGAGCACGUGCCUACCUGGCUGCAGAACACCCACAUCUACAACUGGCCGAAGAAUAAGAAGAACAUCCUGCUGCGGCUGCUGAGGGAGGAGGAGUAUGUUGCUCCUCCCAUAGGCCCUUUACCCACCCUGCAGGUUGUGCCCCUAUGAACCUGAAGGUGCAGGAGGAGCAGCUGCCGCAGGGCAGGGAACCAACACACUCCAGGUGGCUCUUCCUGACUACAGGAGACACUUUCUGCUACAGGACUUGGUUGUCUUGGGCAACUCAGGCUCAGCUUCUUCCCUACCAUGUUGAACAUCUGUUCCUGAAGCUGAUGGGGCAGAACUCUUGUUUUCUAGAUUUCCAAGUGGAAAGAGUGCCCAGUUUUACUAUAACAUCUGUUAUUCACAUAUUCCCUUGUUAGUUCAUAGAGCAAACAAAUACCAGAAAUAGUGAUGCAAUAAGUGUAAAAUAAAAAUGACAUCCUCCUUUUUGCUCAGGGUUUCUUUAAAGAUCCUCCUGCCUUGUAGAGCAUUAUGGACCAGUUGAUUUGUAUAUACACUAUUAAAUAUCUUUGCCUUUUGGAAGGGAACCUUAA